AUGUUACAAACACUUUCGACUGAGUUAAAUAAUAUGCAGAGCAAAAGUAAAUAAUAAGAUCAGAGAAUAGAGAAUUUAUAUAUUAGUUUUUAAGAAAUAUAUCAAAUAUAAAAUAAUUUGAAUAAUCCAGGUUCAACUAAGCAUAACAUGCUAUAUUAGGUUAGACCUGAAGUUUUCAAUUAAAUAUUAAUCUUUCUAGAUAUUAAACAAAUUUUACAAUUUAGAUUGGUAAGCAGAAGAGCAAAAGAAACUGUAAAAUAAAUGCUUCCAAAAUAAAUACAUAAUUUAUAAAAGUUAAUAGAAGAAUAAUAAAAUGAAAUAUAAAUCAAGAUUUAAAGUGCAUAGCAGGCAGGCAACAAUCAAGAUUAGAAAUAAGGUUUACAAGCAGCAUUAGAUGGAUUAUCUAGAAUUACUAAAGCUGGUAUUGUAGAACUGAAAAGCUUUGCAAGACCACCUGAAUUAGUUGAAAAGAUUAUUAAUCUAAUUUGCCUAGUUUUAGAUCCGACUUUUAAGAUACAAAAAGAUAAUUGGAAAGAGUGCCAAAAGUACCUAAAUUAAUAAAAUUUUAUAUUAUUAAUCAUCAAUUUAGAUAUUAGUAGUUUAAGCGAAAAACAGUUAUAAUAGCUUGAAUCAGUCAAUAGUAUUUCAGAAUAAUAAGCAGCCGCAAUGUCCAUAGUCGCAACUUCUAUCCUCAUUUUUUUGAAAGCUGUAUUAGAAUUAAGAUAGUCUUAAGUUUACGUGACAUAAAAUGCGAUAAAAUAAUUAGAGAGCAAAAUAAAGAAAGAACAAAAAUUAGUUGAUAAACUAGGAAAGAUCAUUCAUAAAUGACAAUCAGUUUAUUAUACAAAAAAUUUAUAAACAAUAAAACUA